AUGUGGACGCUGCCUCUGGUGCUGCUGCUGCUGGUAUCUCUGGCGCCUGUCGCCAUGGCGGGCGCUCUCUGCCUGCUGUGGGCCCGCCGGCCGCGCACGGACGUCCCGGGUCCGCCCACGCUGCCCCUCAUCGGCAACGCUCACCUCUUCUGGCGGCUGCCCGUGCUAAUGGAAACUUUCUCUCAGCUGCGCGCUCGCUACGGUAACACUUUCAGGGUGUACGUGGGUCCGAAGCUGCUGAUCUUCGCGACGGAACCAGAGGACGUGCAGCGCGUGCUGAUGGCGAAGGCGCUGACGCACCGCGACAACUUCUUCGUGAACGCGGUGACUGCCUUCGUGGGCGACGGCCUGCUCACUACCGGCGGCCGCCAGUGGCGGCAGCACCGUCGAGUCGUCAUGCCCGCCUUCCGGACUGAGGCGCUGAAGAGCUUCAUGGCGUCGUUCAACCACAACGCGGUGCGAGUCUGCGAGCGGCUGGCCGCGACGGCGGGCGCCGAGACGGAGCCCUUCCCGGAGCUGUUCCUGGGGUCGCUGGACCUGGGGCUGUACAACUUCGCCGGCACCACGCUCGACGCCGUGGAGCCGUGUCCGACGCGCAGGGCCGCCUUCGUCAGCGCCAUGACCCGCGCCAUGGAGAUCAUGCAGGAGCGCAUCUUCCAGCCGUGGCUGCAGCUGGGCUGGGUGCUGGCGCUGACCAAGGCGGGCCGCGACCAGGGCCAGGUGGUGCGCCUCAUCUCCAGCGUCAUGUCCACGUUAACGACGCCGCUCUUCGCCGCGGACUCGGCUGCAGACCACGAGCCACCGAAGGCCAGCCCGCAGCAGGAGGACGGAUCGCUCGAGGAAGCCCCGCUGGCAGCAGGGCAGACGCCCCUCGUGGCGGCACUCACGCGGUCGCUGCGUUCGCACACGCUGUCUCACCAGGAGGUCUUCGACGAGAUGAGGACCUUGGUGGUGUCUGGGACGGAUACGACGGCCAACACGGCGGUGUCGGCGCUGGCGCUGCUCAGCCUCAACCAGCAGUGGCAGCGCGCCGCCCACCAGGAACUGGACCACGUGUUCGGCAGGGGCAGUCCAGACUACCACCGGGAGGUCACCGUCCAAGACAUCGCCCGGCUCAGUGUUCUGGACAGGAUCCUCAAGGAGACGAUGCGCCUGUUCCCGGUGAUCUUUGCGCUGCCGCGGGCGCUGGACGAGGAGGUGCGGCUGUCGGGCGGCCGUCUGCUGGCGCCCCGCGGCAGCUCUGUGGUGGUGGUGCCCUACCUGACGCACCGGCUCGCCCGCCACUUUCCGCGGCCGCACCACUUCGACCCGGACCGCUUCCUCGCCGCCGAGCGCCAUCCUUACAGCUACGUGCCAUUCGGCGCGGGCCGCCGCAACUGCCCCGGGGGCCGCUACGCGCUGCUGCUGAUGCUGGAACUGGAGCGCAUCUCCGUCUCGGUAGUGCAGCGCCCGCUGUACGCCGUGCGCCUCAGAUUCUUGCCCAGGACCUGA